AACAAAGACUGCUUCCCCACCCCACCCUACCCUGAGCUCCAAGUCAUCACCUUCACCGGAAAACUCUCCGCGUAGCUCCUAACUUCUCUCCCCCAAAUUCAAUAUCAAUCACCUCUCCUCUCUCUCCACCUCUAAAUUCUCCCUAACAAAAUUCAUUUCUAUUCUUUUUCCUCCCCCAAUUUUUUCAAAACCAACAAAAAUGCGCCGAGAAUUGAUCCCACCAUCCAACCCCUAAAUCAUGUCCAAUUCCGCAAUGCAUCCUUGCUGCUGCGUCUCCUCAAUGGCGAUCAGCAGCUCCUCCAUGCCUGCCGCCGCGCAAUUGCCCACCGAUCCGAUCGCCAGAAUUCAGAAUUUGGUCGCGGUGUCUAGGGCUUCGUCGGCGCGUGAAUCCGCCGCCGAUCACGGAGCUCUGAGCUUGAGCAAUUCGAGCAGCAAUCGUCACAGUAAUUAUAGCCAUGUUCAUCCCAGCCGGGAAUUGAAGAUUAACGAUAUAGUUGGGGAUGGGGUUUCGGGGAUUCUGUACAAGUGGGUGAAUUACGGGAGGGGGUGGCGGCCGCGGUGGUUCGUGUUGCAGGAUGGAGUGCUGAGUUAUUAUAAGAUCCAUGGGCCGGAUAAGAUUGUGGUGAAUCAGGAGACGGAGAGGGGAUCGCGGGUGAUUGGGGAGGAAUCGAUGCGGCGGGUUAUGAGCCAGAAUCAGCAUCAUCGGAAUGGAGCCGCUGCUUCGCCGGAGAAGAGCCGGAUUCCAUUUGGUGAAGUUCAUUUAAAGGUCUCGUCAGUUCGGGAGAGCCGAUCAGAUGAUAGGAGAUUCUCUAUUUUUACGGGUACGAAGAGGCUCCAUCUAAGGGCUGAGAGCAGAGAGGAUAGAUUGGCGUGGAUGGAGGUGCUGCAGACUAUGAAGGACAUGUUUCCAAGGAUGUCCAACAGUGAGUUAAUGGCCCCCGUGGACAACCUAGCUGUAUCGACGGAAAAGCUGAGACGGAGGUUGUUGGAAGAGGGGGUGAGCGAGGCUGCAAUUCAGGACAGUGAGCAGAUCAUGAAGAAUGAGUUCUCUUCACUGCAGAAUCAGCUGAUGCUCUUGAAACAGAAGCAUUGGUUUCUCAUGGACACAUUGCGGCAGUUAGAGACAGAAAAAGUGGAUCUGGAGAAUACAGUUGUCGAUGAGAGUCAGAGACAGUUAAAUGAAGUUGAAGCGUCCUCUAGAUCAAGGCAAGAUAAGUAUAGUGAAACUGCCAGUGAGUCUGAAUAUGAAAAUGAAAGAGCCGGUGCAGCUGACGAAGACACAGAUGAAGAAGAUAAUACUUUCUUUGAUACCAAAGAUUUUCUUUCUUCUAGCUCUUUUAAGAGUAACGGGUCUGACUUUAGGACAUCAUCAUUUUCAUCCGAUGAUGAUCUUAAUACUUUUGAAUCUGAGGAUGGUAUUGAUCAUGACAUUAAAUCUGCCGGAAGAAACUUUCCACAUAUUAAGCGUAGGAAAAAAUUGCCUGAUCCUGCCGAGAAGGAGAAAGGAGUGAGUUUAUGGUCAAUGAUCAAAGACAACAUCGGGAAGGAUCUUACGAAAGUUUGUCUCCCUGUCUACUUCAAUGAACCUCUCUCUUCUCUGCAGAAAUGUUUUGAAGAUGUAGAAUAUUCAUAUCUUCUUGAUCGAGCUUAUGAAUGGGGAAGGAAGGGCAACAGCCUUAUGAGGAUUCUAAAUGUAGCUGCAUUUGCAGUAUCUGGCUAUGCUUCUACAGAAGGAAGAAAUUGUAAACCUUUUAAUCCACUGUUGGGAGAGACAUACGAGGCUGAUUAUCCAGAUAAAGGCGUACGAUUUUUCUCAGAGAAGGUGAGUCAUCACCCCACGAUUGUAGCAUGUCAUUGUGAUGGGACAGGCUGGAAAUUUUAUGGAGAUAGUAAUCUGAAAAGCAAAUUCUGGGGUCGGUCCAUUCAGCUCGAUCCUGUGGGCAUUCUGACUGUUGAAUUUGAUGAUGGUGAAGUAUUUCAAUGGAGUAAGGUAACAACAUCUAUAUAUAAUCUCAUUUUGGGAAAACUAUAUUGUGAUCACUAUGGUACUAUGCGGAUACAAGGAAACCACAACUACUCUUGUAAGCUGAAAUUUAAGGAGCAGUCCAUCAUAGACCGGAAUCCUCAUCAGGUGCAGGGAGUUGUUCAAGAUAAGAGUGGAAAGACGCUAGCAACAUUGUUUGGGAAAUGGGAUGAGAGCAUGCACUAUGUUGAUGGAGAUCUCUCCAAAGGAAAAGGUCACGAAUCUCUGUCUAAAGCUCGAUUACUAUGGAAACGCAGCAAGCCUCCAGAGUUCCCGACACGCUACAACCUGACUCGCUUUGCCAUCACGAUGAAUGAGCUUACUCCAGGAUUAAAGGAGAAGCUACCCCCAACAGAUUCAAGAUUGAGACCUGACCAGAGGCACUUGGAAAAUGGGGAGUACGAAAAGGCCAAUGUUGAAAAAUUGCGGCUAGAACAACAACAACGGCAGGCAAGGUCGAUGCAAGAGAAAGGGUGGAAGCCACGUUGGUUUGUGAAAGACAGGGGAUCGGAGACGUACCGUUACAUUGGUGGAUACUGGGAAGCUAGGGAACAGGGCAACUGGGAAGGAUGCCACGAUGUUUUUGGUAAUACACAUUCUAAUCAUACUAUAGUCUGACUUAGAGGGGAAAUUGGUUCAUAAUUUGUUUUGUUGUUGGUAGUUGUUUAGGAAAAUAUUGGAAAAUCGGAUAAGGAUUGUCUGUACGAGUUGCAAAUAUAUAUAUGAAUACAAAUAUAUAUAAGUGUGUGUAUUUUCCAUAUAAACUGUAAUGUAGAUGAAGCAACGAAGUUGUUUCAACCAUAGAGACACUCUUAUUUAUUGCCUAUUCAUUGGGGUAUUAUUUGUUCAUAUACUAAAUUUAACACUUUUUUA